GGAAAACAGCUUUUCGAUUGCGGUACGUCUAAACGCGAGACUUAGCAGUGCUUGGUUUGGACAGCAACAUCCCUUUAAAGAGAGAAAAUGAGUUCAAGAAAGGUUACAGCAGUGUUUGAGAACUAUCAAAAACAAAGGACAACUUUCGUUGAGAGAGUCGCCGAACUCGCCAAUCAGGCGGAGAACAUCGAAACUCUGCAGAAUGUUGGUGCGAUGGCUCUGUUAAGACCACUUCUCCUAGAUGUUGCCCCCAACAUUCAACAGACAGCAGCAUUAGCCCUUGGUAGACUGGCAAAUUACAAUGAAGACCUUGCUGAGGCUGUUGUGAAAGGAGACAUUCUACCACAGUUGGUGUAUUCUCUGGCAGAGCAAAAUCGAUUUUACAAGAAAGCUGCUGCAUUUGUGCUGAGGGCUGUAGCGAAGCAUUCUCCUCAGCUGGCACAGGCUGUGGUAGACUGUGGUGCUCUGGAGGCUCUUGUCAUCUGCUUGGAGGAGUUUGACCCAGGGGUCAAAGAAGCAGCAGCGUGGGCCCUUGGAUAUAUUGCAAGACACAAUGCAGAGCUCUCCCAGGCAGUUGUUGAUGCAGGAGCUGUCCCUCUGCUAGUCCUCUGCAUUCAAGAACCUGAAAUGCCUCUCAAGAGAAUCGCUGCAUCAGCAUUGAGUGACAUUUGUAAACAUUCGCCCGAGUUGGCCCAAACAGUGGUAGAUGCAGGAGCUAUUGCUCACCUUGCGCAGAUGAUUCUUAAUCCUGAUUCAAAACUUAAGCGUCACAUAUUCUCUGCAUUAAGCCAAAUUGCCAAACACUCUGUUGACCUGGCUGAGAUGGUUGUUGAGGCUGAGAUAUUUCCAGCUGUUUUAGCCUGCCUUAAAGAUGAAGAUGAGUAUGUGAAAAAGAAUGUGGCAACAUUAAUAAGAGAAAUUGCUAAGCACACUCCAGAGCUUGCCCAGUUGAUAACAAAUGCUGGAGGAGUUGGCGCUGUGGUUGAUUUCAUUAAAGAAUCAAGAGGAAAUGUGCGACUACCUGGAAUCAUGAUGUUAGGAUAUGUUGCUGCCCACUCAGAAACACUUGCAAUGUCUGUUAUUGUUUCAAAGGGAGUGACUGUGUUAGCUGGCAUUCUCUCUAGAAGUGAGCAUAAUCACAUCAUGCAGCAGCGAUCCACCGAACUAGGAAGGAAUGAAGAAGAUCACAUACAGGCUGCUACAGCAUGGGCUCUGGGUCAGAUUGGAAGACAUACACCAGAACACGCUAAGGCAGUGGCAGUCACUAAUGUCUUGAAGUCCCUGUUGGAUUGUUACCAGGACUCUUCUAGCUCAGAGGACCUGCAAGCUAAGUCCAAGAAAGCACUGACCAACAUCCUACAGAAGUGUGUCCAUCUGCCAGCGCUAGAACCUCUGCUGAAAGACGCACCGCCAAACAUCUUGAAGCACGUCGUAAGUCAGUUUGCUAAAGUUCUCCCGCACGAUGUGGCGGCGCGUCGGCUGUUUGUGACGAGUGGAAGUUUGAGAAAAAUCCAAGAGAUCAAUGCAGAGGGGAACACAGCUCUCAGUGAACACAUCAAUACCAUCAACAACUGUUAUCCUGAGGAAAUCGUCAAAUUCUACUCUCCUGGUUACCCCGACAAACUGCUUGAAAGAAUUGGUCAAUGUCAAUCUUAAUAAGAAUUUUUUUUUUGAACAUGGUGUCAUCACCUUGGAUCCAAGAGUACAAGAUGUUUUCUUUUCUAAUUUGUUCCCUUAGACCAGAGAAUCUUAUGCUGAUAUUUCCAAUUUUCUACAAGGUCGUUGGACUUUGAUUUCGAAAAAGAGGCUAUUUUUAGUGAAGAAAACUUGAACCGAUGUUUCAGGGACUCAAGCCAGUUAAGUAUUAAAUAAAAGUAGAAUGACCUCCAGCAUGUUCUUACCCUUUCGAGUAACACACUUGAAGCAUGUAAAUAUCUAAAAAAAAUUAGGUUUCCAUUUCUUAUAACGUAAUGGACAGUAAAGUUUUAUUAUAUGUUGUGUGAA